AUGGGGCUGUGCUACAGUCUACGGCCGCGGCUCUUCGGGGACCUCAGCGGCUCUAUCUCCAACGCCGCCUCGGACUCAGAGCCGCCUCCAGACGAGGUGCCGUGCCGCGCAUCAGCUGCGGCCGCUCGCCCGGAGGAGAGUGCAGUGACCGGGGAGAGCUCCGCGCCUCGCCCCGGGGAGCCCCACCGAGCGGACACGGCCACAGACGGUGUCCUGAUCCAGAACGGAGGCGGAGGAGGUGGUGGAGGCGGAGGAGGAGGCAGCGGGAAGGGCACGGGCAAGGACCGCGGCCGCCGCUUACAGCUGCUGCAAAAGACCAGCACUCAGAAGCAGAAAAACUGGGACAAAUUACUGGUGGAGGAGAAGGAGGCCGAGAAGGAGGCGAAGAAAGUCAGCAAGAACAUUGACAGGGCGCUGAAGGAGCUCAAGCGGGAGUACAAGCAGACGCACCGCCUGCUGCUGCUCGGUAGGUCGCGUCCUGCCUGUUGUUGUUGGACGUUUAUUAAUAGAAACACACGCGCACUGGCCUUUCCACAAAGUGUGUCAGAGAUGAGGCCUGCACCACAUCUGUAUCUGCAGCAGGCACAGAGCAGGACAGCCCUCUCCCCUCUCCCCUCUCCCCUCUCCCCCACAUCCAGGACCAUUGAUUCACGUUAA